GAUGGCGCCGUUUCCUGCAUUUCCGUCUGUGUGUCGCUUGAAAAAUACUACACUUUUACAUUUUGGUUCUCUUCUUGUUUUAUCAGCUUAUUCACCAUUAUGUCUCUGUAUGAUGAUAUUGGCAUUGACAGCAAGGCGUCAAAAGACAUCAAGAAAGAUGUUGGUUGGUCAUCUAGCAUGAAACUGAUGCAGUCGCAGCUACAGGCUAAGAAAGCAAAUCUACUGCAAACAAAAGCCCAGCGUGCUCAGUCACGUAGAGGUCCCAGCAUAGCUCCAGUUGUAGAUUUGAAAAGAGGUGGAAGUGAUGAAAUACACUUCAAUCAACAUACAGGAAAGAUGGAAAGAGGGGGAGGUGGAGAAGCUAGUGGUCCCCCACCCCGCGUGUCCCUAGUAGAUUACUCCCCAGCUGCUUCCCCUUUUAUACCACAAGAGUCUUCACUCACUGGAGUCUUAGAUGAAUAUGAUCCUCUUAGACCCAAUGAGUAUGAAGAUUUUAUUAAGAAAAGACGAGAGGUUAGACAGAGAGAAAGGGAACGGGAACGAGAAAGGGAGAUAGAAGAGAGAGAAAGGAGACGAAGAGAAAGACACAAAGAGAGAGGCUAUGAUAAAGACAGGGAUGAGGACAGACUACCACGUGAUAAUGGUAGUGAACUUGGACAGAGGUAUGAAGAAGAGGAAGAUGACUAUGACCGUACCAGACCAAUGAGAUCUGGAGGUGCAGCUAUAGCUCCACCCAGUAUGUUACUAGAGGACAAUGACAGCAAUGAAAACAGCCAAGAUAGCCAACAGGGAGAUGAUAGAUAUGAAGACAGGUUUGGAGAAGACAUGGACCGCACAGAGUCCCCUCCACCUGGAGCUCCAGGCUUUGGUUUUAACAAGAAAAGUUCCAUUGCUGCUAAGAUCAUGGCCAAACUUGGUUACAAAGAGGGGCAGGGAUUAGGGAAAAAUAAACAGGGCAUGAGUACAGCUCUUCAAGUGGAAAAGACUUCUAAACGAGGAGGAAAAAUUAUACAUGAAAAAGAUAUACCAAAAAUGGAGGCUUUCCCUCCUCCACCCCAGCCACCUCCCGUAGUGAACACAGCAGAACUUCUCAAAAAUCCAUCUAAAGUUGUAGUAUUAAGAAAUAUGGUAGGUCCUGGUGAGGUGGAUGAUGACUUAGAAGGAGAAACUGCAGAGGAAUGUAGCAAAUACGGCAAAGUCACAAAGUGUCUUAUAUUUGAGAUUCCAGAUGCAGAACCAGAAGAGGCUGUUAGAAUAUUUGUUGAGUUUGAGAAAUUAGACACUGCAAUCAAAGCUGUGAUAGGAAUGAAUGGAAGAUUCUUUGGUGGUCGCACUGUGAGAGGAGGAUUUUAUAACUUAGAUAAAUUCAGAAGACUGGACCUUGCAGGAGAAUUAUGAGGACUUUAAAGUUAUCAUGAAAAUGUUUAAAAUACCAAGUGAAAUGAAGGAAUAUGAAAGACUGAAAUAGUCAAAUGAAUUAUACACCUUUAUGAAGAGAACAGACAUGUUUUAAGUCAAUGAUUGAAAGUCUAGUGGAUUAUGAAUGGAAAGCUGGCAGAAUUCUCCAUUAGGGAACACCAUAACACUCUACAUGUCGUGGAGUCUUCAACAAAUCAUCUUUCAAGGAGAACAAAUGGAGUGAUGACAUUACAGUUUGUACCUGCCAAUGUUAUGUUAAUGUAUCAGUUACUACUUCCUCAGUUAAUAUCUGGAAUCUCUGAAUGUAUCAUGUCAAUGUUGUACAAUGUGGGAGAUUAGAAUCGGGGAAAUAAAUAAAGUGAAAAUACAUAUUUACAAAAUUAGCCUUGUGUAUUUUAACUCCAAAUAUACAAUCAAUACAAUGCUGAACAUAGAUUUAUCCUAUUCCUAAAUAUACGUAUCUCACACAAAGAAUACAAUCAAUAGAUUUAAUUACUAGACACAAACCCUUUCUGUAAUUAAAGCUUAAAAAAGUUCAUGUUGAACAUGAACGUGCCUUUUUAGUUACAUAUUGUGAUUGUGAACUACAUGUACAAAUAUUUGAAGGUUAUUCAGGAUAAGAAUUACACCUGUUAGUCCUUGGAGCUGAAUUUGUUUUCUUCAGUAUCUUUGUGACAUCUCAUUCCUUGUCAUGAUUUUAUUCUUAACAUUCCAAGGAUUUUCUUAUCAAGGAAAUACAGAUUUUGAUAUUGUUUCCAAAAAAUAAAAUUGGAUAUCCAGAUAUGUAACAAGAUUUAAGCACUUAAUAUUAUAUUAGGCCCACGGCAUAAUAGGGUGAAGACUAAGCAAGUCAAAAACAUACCUACAUGAAACUAAAGUUUUAUUGCACAGUAAAAAUCAGAGGUCAAAUAGGGAAAUUAAAAAUUAUGCAACAUAUUUACAGUACGGUGUAUAUUUACUUGGCAUAAAGGUAGAAUAAUGAUGGAUGGAGACUGAGAAAGUCAAUUUGGCCAUUCUCAAAAAUUUAUAUUCACAUCAUAAACCAGCCAAAGAUAACAUCUGUAGUAUACAUAUAAACAUUGCAAUUGAGAACAGAUCAGUAGAAUAACAAGAUAACAAAUAAAAAACAUAACAUAAAUCCUGAAAAGUAAUAUUUCCUGUUCAGGAAGGUCCAGUUGAGGGUCUUGCUUCCAAUUCAAAAUUUUAUUAGACAAGACCCUUUAAAGAGACCCAGAGUUAUUAGGGAGCAUUUUCCAUGAAAUUGUAGUUGUACUCAUAUUGAAUAAGGUAAGACACUAUACUCUCUGAAAGUCAUAUGUACACAUUACAAUGAUAAAUGGUUGUUCAGUGAUUACAAAACAUGUUUUACAAUUUCCUGGGAUAAGGAUUUACUUUC